AUGCUUGCAGGCCCAGACUUGAUCUCUGUCGCAUGUUGGCUUCAUAGUCAAUCUCGCGGGAGCUUCUCAGUCCCAAAUGAAACAGAUAGCCAGGCUGAACGGGAACAGCUGUAGUCUUUGUUGCGAUGAAUAAAACAGAGGGAAAAAAAAAAAAAAAGCCCAUCUCGAUCAUGCUCUAAAGCUCUAAUGAAGGACUCCCAUCACACGCCCCUCUCGCCCCUGUGCUGCCCAGUGUUCAGCCAAUGGGAGGGACUAAAGGAGUGCAUCACCUACAGGGUGACAUUCUUCUGUGUCAGCCUGCUGUGGAGAACGGUGAAAUUAUAAUCUGAAAGCGCAGGGGUUUUUUUUAAUCUGUUUUUUUUUAAACCCUCGUUUUGGAGCGUGAAUGUGGGCUGAGCUGCGGCUGUAAUUAAACACGAGGUAGGGGAGCUGGGAGUUUCUACGAUGGCCAGUCCAGAGGAAGUGAUCGAGCCAGCGGUUGGGAGUUCAGCCGUACCGCACCUCAGCAGGAGGCGCUUCUCGCAUGACAUCAAUGAUCUCAGUCCAGAUGAAUUAGACAGUCUCAUGAAAAACCGUGACGGCUGUGCUUUCACAGUAGUUCAUCAUCUGCCUGAAAUGAAGGAAGCUGGUGUAUCUUACUUCAUACCGGGUACUCCUAUCACAUGCAAGGUGGACAACACUGAGAAACACACCACUCGCUCAAAGGUGCGUGUGGGAACCUUGUACACAGUGCGGUUAACUCAUGGACACUUCCACUGGGUAGUGAAGCGGAAGUACAAGCACUUUCAGGAGCUUCACCGGGACCUUUACAAACACAAGAUGAUGCUUCACUAUCUGCCUCGAAGGUUCGCAAAGGACAGGCAGCAGCUGAUGAUGACAUCAGAGGAAAUGCCCAGCCUACACGGAACAGAUCGCACCAGAAGAACCUCAAGCAAAAUGAAAUACCUUGAGGAGUACCUGAAUGGGCUGCUGGAGAAUGCAUUCUGCAGAUCUAUCCACAGCAUGCUUGAGUUCCUCUCUGUCAGUGCCCUCUCUUUUGUCAAUGAUCUGGGACCCAAAGGCCUGGAGGGGCCGAUCAUGAAAAGGUCUGGCGGUCAUCGGGUUCUGGGUCUGAAUUGCAUCGGUCACCAUCGGGUCUGUUUUCGCUGGUCGCACCGCUGGCUAGUGGUCAAAGACUCCUUCCUCUUGUACAUGAGCCGAGACGACUCAGAAAUCGACUUUGUGCUGCUUUAUGACCCGGAGUUUGCCGUAAAAGUGGGCAAUGCUCAUACAGGGACAGAGUAUGGAGUUUGCAUUGAGAACUACACACGGAGCUUAGUAAUCAAGUGUAUCAGCUACAGACAAAGUCAGUGGUGGAGCCAUGAAAUUGACCGGCUGGCUCACUUGUGUGACUUCCUAAAAGUGAGCCGCUUUGGAGGAUUCGCUCCACCACGAGAAGAUACUCUUACUAAAUGGUAUGUGAACGGGAAAGACUACUUUGCAGACCUGGCUGAUGCCCUUGAACAAGCUAAGGAGGAGAUUUUCAUCACGGAUUGGUGGCUCAGUCCUGAAAUUUUUCUAAAGAGACCCGCCACUGACAACCACUGGAGACUGGACGAGAUACUUAAACGGAAAGCAGAACAAGGAGUCAAAGUAUGUGUCCUGCUUUACAAGGAGGUGGAGAUGGCGCUUGGUAUCAAUAGUGACUACAGCAAGAGGACUCUGAUGGACAUGCACCCAAACAUCAAGGUGAUGCGACAUCCAGACCACGUCUCAUCUGCGGUGGUCUUGUGGGCUCACCAUGAAAAGAUGGUGGCCAUUGACCAAACCGUGGCGUUUGUAGGGGGACUUGACCUGGCGUUUGGCAGGUGGGAUGACAGAGAGUAUCGGCUGGCUGACCUGGGUCAGGCAGAGUCGUUAAACUGGGAAACGGCGGAGCAUCCAAACACAGAUGCAACUGACAAUGGUGUGGGUGAUGGCCAAAACGCAGGUAACCAAGCAGAAAAGGACCAACCUGAUCUGACUGGCAACACUAAGCUUUGGCUGGGGAAAGACUACAGCAACUUCAUCAACAAAGACUGGACCCUACUGGACAGGCCGUUUGAAGAUAACAUCGACCGCACUAAAGUUCCUCGCAUGCCUUGGCGGGACCUGUCUUCAGCUAUGCACGGCAAAGCGGCCAGGGAUGUUGCCCGACACUUCAUCCAGCGCUGGAACUUCACAAAGAUCUUCAAGACCAAGUACAAGGACAACUUCUACCCCUACCUUCUCCCCAAGUCUAAUUCGACAGCAGAUUUGCUGCCAUUCACUAUCCCUAGGUCCCAGAAAGCCAAAGUUCAGGUACUGCGCUCUGCUGAUCGGUGGUCAACUGGAACAGCUGAGAACUCAAUCCUUAAUGCCUACAUACACACAAUUGAGAACAGCGAGCACUACAUCUACAUCGAGAACCAGUUUUUCAUCAGCUGUGCCGACGGCAAGGUCGUCCACAAUACGAUCGGGGAUGCAAUUGUGAACCGAAUCCUGCGAGCACACAGAGAGCAGAAGAAGUACAGGGUGUUUGUGGUGAUUCCUUUACUUCCUGGGUUUGAGGGAGACAUUACCACGGGAGGUGGAAAUGCAAUUCAGGCGAUUAUGCACUUCACUUACAGGACUAUGUGCCGUGGAGAGCACUCGAUUCUGUCGAGGCUUAGUGAAGUAAAGGACCAGUGGACUGAGUACAUCACCUUUUGUGGCCUCAGAACGCAUUCCCGUCUCUCUGGGUCGCUCGUCACAGAGCUGAUCUAUGUCCACAGCAAGGCGCUCAUUGCUGAUGACCGCUGCUAUAUAAUUGGAUCAGCCAACAUCAAUGAUCGCAGCAUGCUGGGCACCCGAGAUAGUGAGCUGGCAGUGUUUGUGGAAGAUGAAGAGAGGGUCCCAUCCAUCAUGGGAGGACAGGAAUACGAGGCAGGACCGCUCGCGCUUGCUCUACGCAAAGAGUGCUUCAGUGUCCUGGUUGGAGCCGUAUCAGACCCCAGCAUCAACAUUGACGAUCCGAUCAGUGACGACUUCUUCUUCCUGACCUGGAAUGAAACGGCUAAACUCAACACGGAGAUCUACGCUAAGGUCUUCCGAUGCCUCCCCUGCAACAGUGUUCACAACAUGCAGCGCCUGAGUGAGCACAACUGCGAAGAACGCCUCUGCGACACCGACCCCGAGCGGGCGGCGGAGGAGCUGAAGGCCGUCAGAGGGGUGCUGGUCCACUUUCCGCUGAAAUACAUGUAUGAGGAAAACCUGCUGCCGCCUCUGAACUGUAAAGAAGGCAUGGCUCCUACAGACCUUUGGACAUAAUCACAGGUCUGCCCGGAUGUGGCCGCUGCUAGCCUGUACCUAAAACCCAGCACUCGCGAACGAGCAAUGACACCAGCCCAUACGUUGAGACAGUUUGUGUGUCGAUCCUAAAUCCCGUCCGGCUCACAACACUGAAUGUUUUAUCACCUGUAAGAAUAAUAGACCGAUCUUUACCGGCCAGUUCAUGCAGGAUGUCCAGUCGUGUAACUUUUUGCAGUGCGAUCGGCUCUGAGGGGCCGACGAUAGUGUAAACUCAUGCAAAUGAAUGCAUGACUCAGUAGAGGGCUGCAAGGUUGUACUGGAAAUCAAGCAUCUCCCAUGAUCUGGGAACACAGUGUACAAUUACUGCUGCAAGAUUAUUCUUUUUAUUUUUUUGUGUGUGUGUGGUCGGGUGGGUGGCUCUGUCUCUUUCUCUCUCACGUUCUCUCACUCGCUCCCUCCGAGGCUUCACCUCUCGCUGCAGCGCCAGGAAACCUGUCAGAACAUUUGUGGUUGUUAUGGUGACGGAUAUAAAGAGAUGACUGGCUCGCAGCUGAAAUAAAGGCUCGAUAGGGGCAGAAUAGGAGAGCGCUGAUAGGAGGGGAUGGCUUACUAAAUCGAGAGGGUGCGCCGGUGAAAAGGAAAGCGAUAAUGCUGAUUGGGGGGGGGAUACGAGGACUUGUUACUUCUGUCAUAUUUAUAUGUUAAUGUGGAAGAAAUGCGAGUGGAAAAACACGACUAGCAGGUGCGUUAAUGGAAUCCUGGUGAAAUUCGGAUUUCUUUACACCACCCCUUACAUCCGAGUGGAUUGCCUUGCAGUCCAGCACAGAACACUCCACACUUUACUGGCAUCUUGCAGCUACUUGCGUGUUGUGUCUAGAAGCCAUGAAGAGUCUUGCGUGUCUACCGUAUGUUAUAUUUGCUCACAGGCAAGAGGCAUUUGUUGAGGUCCAGCUGAGAAGUUACAUAAUGCGUCUGACACACUUCCUUCUCCCCGACUGCUCAGAUUGAUCACUUCUUGAGGGAUAUGCAAAUCUGUUGCACUGGUCUUUCUUUUCUUUUUUUAUUUUGUUUAGUAAAUAGAGGAAAAACAGUACUUGCUGUACAGUUUCUUGCAAAGGGUUUCAUAACCUUUAAAGUUUGUCACAUUUUUAUUACCACCAACUUCAAUGUAUUUCCUUAGUAUUAGGAAAUCAUUUGAUAGGCCAAGACAAGUUUGUUACUCCCAUGAAAAGGAAGGAAACUGAUGUGUGGUUUUUAACAUGCUUUCCCAAAAAGAUCUGAAUAUUAUUCAUGCAGUGGUGUUGAGCCCCCUUGACUUUGAUACCCUUAAAUCAAAUCCAGUUUAACCACAAUUAUCUUAGAAAAUGACCUGAUUAGUAAAUGUGAAUAGUUUUGCAAGGAACAAUAGAUUAGCUGAAUGACAGAAAACACACAUUUUUAUAUGGUUGAAAAGGGCUUGGAUAGUGCAAGAUCUAGUGGCACCUCUUUUUUAUUCUGUUUUAUAUUCCUAAUAGUGUGAUAAAGUUUGCAUUGUAUUUUUUUAGGAUUUACUAAUAGUCAUGUUCAAUAAAUUAGGAUAUUAUUGAAAUAUUAAUAUAAUUUA